UUUCCUGUUUUCUUCUCUCUCGUCUAGAUGCAAACAUUCGCUUGAGAAACAGACAGUAGCUGCUGUUAUUGUUAAAGCCGCUAAGCUUCUCUUUUACCCUGAUAUCAUUAAGAAUCGUCUUAUGUUGUGAAGGGAAGCUGCUUGCUCUUUACUCGUCGUUUGUCAGAUUGUCUUUGUGACUUCCUGGGAGAAAACGACUGAAAAAGUGUCAGAGGAGGUGAAACGUAUUAGCUAACAGAAACAACACAAGGAUGAGGAUCGUGGCAAAACAUGGAGCAAAAGGCUGAAGAUGAAGCAAUUAAAGACUCUAGAGGAAUUUCCUCAAUUCAGGCUGAAAUUCAUCAUUUCCAGCCCAGCUUCACUGCUCAAGGCGGCAGCAAUGUGGUGGCUCCUUCCAUCGUUGGCUCCAGCAUUGGCAGCAUUAACAUUAAUAUAUCAAUGGGCAAAGAAUCAAAUUAUGAAUUCAAAGAAUCUCUGAACCAAGACGUUGCAGGCAGUUGCAAUGCUGAGCAGAACCAAAAUAAAUUAGCCGAAUGCCAACAGAAAGUGAAAGCGACUCUGAGGAGGAAGUGCAGUCAUUUGCAUGAAGGGAUUGGAACGGAUGCAAAUAAGAUGUCUCUCAAUCAGAUCUACACGGAGCUCUACAUCACUGAGGGAGGAUGUGGUGUGGUUAACAAAGAGCACGAAGUGAGACAGAUAGAGAUUGCAUCCAAGAGAUGUGCAACCCAGGACAAGUUAAUCCACUGCAAUCGUCUGUUUGAGUGUCAACCCGGAGGCGAACGGCACAUAAGAACUGUGGUCACCAGGGGAGUCGCCGGUAUUGGAAAAACCGUAUCGGCCAAUAAGUUUGCUCUCGACUGGGCAGAGGAGAAGGCAAACACAGAGAUAGAUCUUGUGUUUUCCCUCUCCUUUCGAGAGCUGAAUUUAAUGAAAAAGACUGCUUUUAGUCUGGUGGAGCUUCUCUGUGUGUUUUUCCCUGAAAUAAAAGACACAGAAAUCUUUAACGAGCCUGAAAGCAAAAUCCUCUUCAUCCUGGACGGCCUGGAUGAGAGUCGGCUGUCGCUGGACUUUCAGAAAAGUGAAAUAUUGUCAGACGUUACAAAGCCAAGUACAGUCUCUGUGAUUCUCACAAACCUGAUCAGGGGAUGUCUGCUUCCCUUGGCUCUCGUUUGGAUUACAUCUCGACCAGUAGCUUCCGCUCAAAUCCCAGUUGAGUACAUUGAUCUGCUCACCGAGGUGCGGGGAUUUAACGACUCACAGAAAGAAGAGUACUUCAGGAGGAAGAUUACUGACAAAACCGUAGCAAACCGGGUGAUCGUACACGUGAAAUCCUGCAGAAGUCUUCACAUCAUGUGCCACUUACCAAUCUUCUGCUGGAUGGCGGCAAGUGUUCUUGAGAAGAACCUGGCGAAUAACGACAGCAAAGAGACACCGAGGAGUCUCACACAGAUGUACAUCCACUUCUUGUCCCUCUAUGUGGAGAAAAUGAAGAAAAGACUGCCAAAUAGAAGAGACUCCACUACUGACUGUGUGAGAACUAACCUCCUUGCUUUGGGUAAACUUGCUUUCAAAGAGCUGGAGAAGGGUCACCCGAUCUUCUACGAGAGUGACCUCAUCCUUAAUGGCAUCAAGGUCACAGAGGCCUCCAUGUUUUCAGGUGUUUACACACAGAUCUUCAACGAGGAGAUGACAGUGUGUGAAGAGAAGAUGUUCUGCUUUGUGCAUUUGAGCAUUCAAGAAUUCUUCGCAGCGCUGUAUGUCUACCUCAUGUUCCACAACGAAAACAACAACGUUUUGGUCAAGAAGUCAUCUGUGUCACGCCGUUUAAUGUCCAGAGAAUCAUCAGAGGUCAUCCUCUACAAAGAAGCUGUAGAAAAGGCACUGCGGUGUGAAAAUGGGCAUUUUGACAUUUUCUUGCGCUUCCUUUUGGGUCUAUCACUAGAGUCCAAUCAAACGUUGCUGAAGCAUCUAAUGUCCAACAACAGAACUCAUCAAAGAACCAGAACUGAAAUCAUUAAACACAUAAAGGAGAGGAUCAGAGACAGCCAAUCUCCUGAAAGGUGCCUCAAUCUCUUUCACUGUCUGAAUGAGCUGAAUGACCACUCUCUUGUGGAGGAAGUUCAGGACAUCAUCAGCUCAGGCAUUUUGAACCAAGCCACCCUUUCACCUGCCCAGUGGGCCACACUGAUCUUUGUAUUGCUGACCUCAGAAGAAGAGCUUAAUGUGUUUGAUCUGAGUAACUACAUGAGGUCAGAAGAGGGGCUCCUGAGACUAAUGCCUGUUGUGAAAACAGUCCAAGUGGCAAAUUUGAAAGCCUGCAACCUCACGGCGAUGUGCUGUGAAAAUCUGGGCAGUGGCAUCAGCUCAUCCCAACUCAGAGAGCUGAACCUGAGCAACAACAACCUGACAGAUGCAGGACUGAAGCAACUCUCUGAUGGGCUAAAGAACAGCCAACUGGAGACACUGAGACUAAGAAGCUGCAACCUAACAGAGAACAGCUCGGUUACUAUAGCAUCAGUCAUCAGCUCCUCCUGCUGCCACCUAAAAGUCCUGGAUCUUACUGACAACGACUUUCAGGACGAUGGAGUUAGAACGUUCUCGGCUGGACUGGGGAGUUCGUACUGCAAACUGGAGCAGCUUCGUUUGUCAGGAUGCAGAGUGACAGAAGAGGGCUGCACAUUCCUGGCAUCUGCAUUGAAUUCAUCCCAUCUGAAAGAGCUCGACUUGAGCUACAACCAUCCAGGAAACUCUGGGCUGUUGCUGCUUUCAGCUCUGCUGGAGGACCCACAAUGCACCCUGCAGACACUCAGUGUGGAGCAAUGUGGUGAAUCCAGGAUCCAACCUGGUCCGAGGAAAUACCUUAAGAAGUUGACCCUGGAUCCCAACACAGCCCACAGGGAUCUCUCUCUUUCCAAUGGAAACCAGAAAGCAACACGCUGGACCAAGAACUCGUAUCCGGAUCACCCGGACAGGUUCGACUACUGGACCCAGGUGUUGUGCACAGAGGGACUGACCGGGCGCUGCUACUGGGAGACGGAGUGGGUCGGGCGGGUCUGCAUCGGUGUGGCCUACAGACGGAUGUUGAGGAAAGGAGAGGGUAAUGACCGCUGGUUGGGCCGCAAUGACGUCUCCUGGGGCCUGAACUGCAACAGAAACAGCUACCGGAUUCUGCAUGGGAGCAGGAACGACGUUGUUCCAGCUACACCCAACUCCAAUAAAGUAGGAGUUUACCUGGACUGGGCGGCAGGGUCGCUGUCCUUCUUUAGGGUCUCCUGUGGUGACCGGACUCUCCUCCACACCUUCCACACCACCUUCACCGAGCCCGUCUUCCCCGGCUUCCAUCUUGGCUGGGUCGACUCAACCGUACUGUUAUGUUAAUCCGGAAGUUUCCCUCCGAUGUCGAAAUUAAGAGCAUCGACUGCUGCCUGAGCCAAGUACUGACAUGUUUGAGCCUGAUAAUGUCUUUUUAUGUUGUAAAAUUUAACACAAAUGCGCUUAUUAUAUUAGAACUGAGCAUUAAAAAAAAAAUCGAAGACUGUGAGCUUAAAAUGCCAUUUUACAUCCUUGCUAUAAAUUGUAAUAAAAUGUCAAAAGACGUAGUGUAAAUAUGAGCCUUUGACCCUAAUUAUAAAUCACAUUAAGUACUAUGCAAUAAACUGCAAUUUUAUUUUACUUUCA